AUGUUUGAGCCAGAACUGUGUUGUGUCUGUGUGGUCUGUCUGCAGGUGUACCUGAAGGCCCCUAUGAUCCUGAAUGGAGUGUGUGUGAUCUGGAAGGGCUGGAUAGACAUGCAGCGCCUGGAUGGGAUGGGAUGUCUGGAGUUCGAUGAGGAGAGAGCACAGGUACUGUAGCACAUAAUUCAUGACACCCACUGGUCCCCAAGCACCACCAACACAAUACACACAACUAGAUGGAACAAUUAGCUACAAUAUAUACAAACAUUUACAUACAAUACUUUUAAAUUGCUUAACUAGAACUAAACUAAACAGGUUGUGCCCCUGCUCCUACAUAUACAAACAAAACACCCACUCACUGGGCCAAACAAACUGUGUGUCUCUGUGUGUCUCUCCCACUCUGUGUGUGUUCAGCAUGAGGAUGCCCUAGCGCAGGCAGCCUUUGAGGAGGCACGUAGGAGGACCCGGGACUUUGAGGACAGGGACCGCUCGCACAGAGAGGACCUGGAGGUGAGACAGACUGGACAGGCUGGGGAUGGGGUGGGCUAGUGGUUUGACAGAUUCUGAAUGUCCCCAUAGUCACAUGAUUAGUGCUAACGAAAAAUGGUGAUGUUGGAAGAUUCUGAUUGUUUGUGUCCCCUGUGUGCUAUAUGUAGAGAGAUUGUUACCAUGAGAACCCUUGCCAAUUUUCCCUAAGGGAGCUGUAAAUUUACCUUGACAGUUGUGUGAAUAACCCGUUUUGUUUUAGAUAUUCAACCCUCUAACACAAAUCUUGAACUUAUUGUGUGUUUGUCUGAGUUGUCAUGUGUGUGUUUGUGUAUUUUAUUGAAAAGUAUUUCUUAUGGUAUCUACAGUAGGUUUAGUGCAUGAAGAGUCUAUUCAUAAUAAGAACUCAAAGAAACGUAUUCAUUCAUUCUCAGAUUGAUCCUAAAUGCACCCCCCCUAAGAUGAAAACCAAAUUGUGUUUUUUUAGGACCCUGUGGCAUCAAAAAUCUGGGACUGAUGGCAUUCAAGAACCAGGGUCUGUCUUCUUUGCUUUUCAAUAUCACUCUGUCAUGCACUAAACCGUGUGUGUGGUAUGUGCGUUUUGUCUGUGUGAGUGUGUUUGUGUGCGUAGUGAGGUGUCUGUGUGUUUGUGAAUCAACACAAGAGCAUGUGCAUGUAUGUGAACAAUUUAAAGUAUCUGAGUCUGCCUGUUUUAGUGCCUGCAUGUGAAGAGAGAGAGUGAAUGAGUGAUUGAAGAGAGAGAGGAAGAAAGUUACAUGUCAACAGUAUUUGCUGAGUUAACACUGUGUAAUGAAUGCUUAAUGAUAAUGUGGGUUCUCUCAUUCCCUAAAAUCUCAGGGUCAGUCAUAUGAAUAUGGUUUAUGGAUUUUUUUAAUGCAUUUUAUGAUUUUAUGAUAGUAGGAUGUGUGCAGGCCAGAAAACCCUACCAGGGUAUAAGCUGGAAGACAGACCCCCCACACACACUCUCCCCCAGUGCCUAAUGGAGAACAGACCUCCUCACACACACACACAAGCACCACCCACCCUCACCCUGCUGCCGGAGGAGUCCGCUGCAAGGCCUGCUGGGACAUAUCUGCCACAGCUUGGCAGCACAUGAUUCUGAAGAGAGCGAGAGAGAGAAAGAGAGAGAGAGAGAGGGAAAGGGAAAGGGAGAGCAUCUGAAGCAGUGCUUUCAUGUUCAAGUCUAGUAUUUCCUCCCUCAGUAACAUACCCUCAAGCUCCCUCAGGAAGAAUGGACUCCUUUCUUCUGAAAAUCAAUAAGCCAUUGCUCUUUAUGGAGAUAUUAUUGGUCAAAGAAAAAGAAUAUUAAUCUUUCCAAAAAACUGACGUCUCUGACAUCGAGCCUGGAGGAGAUCUCAAACAGAAUUGUGUGUGUGGAAGGUGUGCAUGUAGUCAAUGUAUGACACAUCUUCCAACUAAACACUUUCCAUGCGUUUCAUUCUCAAAAACUGACUGUGGUGGAAAAAUGAAACCCCAUAAUCAUUUUCAUCACAUUUAAAUGUUUUUUUCCAUCCAAGUUAUGUUGAAAUAGCAGAAUGUCGUCUCCUGAACUGCUCUGAUCCAGAAUUUUCUGAUUAGACUAGCAUUUAGCAAAUUCUCUAAUUGUUGAAUCCCCCUGCUCUGGUGUCCUCUCAAGGAUGGAGGAAGCUGAUAUUGUUGGUUUUAUUUUAGAUAAAAGAUCAUAUUUGCAUUUGGACAGCACAGGACCCUGUUUUUAUGUUUGAGGACAUUCAACCAUUGCAUUUCUGUGGUCUGAACUUGUGAUCCUAUACUCAGUCCACCAUAACUCAAUAAAGGCCAACAGCACAAUGACAGUCUGCCAUCAAGUGGGAGCUGGGAGGCCUCUAAAGGGUUUAGAAACCUGUCAUUUAGUUCAGAAAUCACAGCUCUUCUCUAGCAAGGUUGUCAGUGUCAGCUUUGAGUAUGUGUCUAAGUAAAGCAUAUAUGGGUAAUUCCCAUGUUGUGUGGCCUUUGCGUGUUUUGUUCAGGUUUUUUGUUCAGGUUUUAUGUUUUUCUUGGUGUUUGUGCGUGUACGUGCAUGUGUGCUCAUGUGUGUAUGAGCGAUUCAGGACAGGACAGUGAUGGCCAUCUAGAUGAUUGAUGAAGAUGAGAUGGAUGAAGAAUAAAUAGUACUUUUUUUAUUAGCCCAGGGCCCCAUUCUGCAGGUGGAAUUAGAGGAUGAAUGAUGUGCUGGCGGUGAAAGUAUUCAUAUAGCAUUAGUAUUGAUUUUUAUUAGGAUCCCUGUCUGCCCUGCCUAAUCUCAGCUCUAUUGACUUGUGGUACAGGCUAGUUCUCUGCCGGCUGGCUCUCCGUGAUCCAUGUUUGUGCUCCUCCUCUCCGGCCACCCCUCCCAUGUAACUACGAUAGCACUCCACUCAGGGUUGAGGCUUACUGUCAUUUGUAUCCUCAAAAUAAUAUUCCUUUGUCUGUAGUUGCACUUUAUACAGUAUAUUAUUACGUAUUGAGUCCAUGUUUCAAAUCAUUAUAAAAAGUGUGACCCUUCCUGAUUUUUCAUUUUGGAGGUUGGUCCUGUUCACAUUACAUUGUGUGUGGCAUGAGAAAGCCUUUUUUCAUCAACCAUUACCCAACCGUAACUGGUGUGUUUUGGCUGAAAGGGGUAACCUUUACAUAGAUGUUCUUUCCUCUGACUCAAGGACACUUAAAGGAUUCAUUUUCCUUCCUUUUUUAACUAAGGGAGCAGCGCACGUGUGUGUGCGUGUGCAUGCGUACGUGUGUGUGUGUGUGCAUUUCGAAAUCACUCUCCAACAACCUAGUAACACUAUGAUCGGCCAGUUCAUAAAAUCUUCUUAAGUCAUACAAAUCUUCAUUAAUUGACAAUAUUGCAGUAAUAAAUAACUAUAAUAUAUAUUAUUAAUUGUUUUGAAGACACUAUUUACGUUUAUGAUUCUUAAGAGGAAGAAUGGAUGAGCAUCAGUGUCUCAUUUAGGGUUAGAGUAGUAGACUGAACCAGACCAGGUUUAAAAGAAGCUAUUAUGGUGAGUCAUUUGGAUGAUGACUACAUGCCAUUUCAGCUCAGAGACUGCCUCUGUCUGCCUGUCUGUCUGUCUGCCUGUCUGUCCGCCUGUCUUUCAUAUAUCUAUGUUGGGAGAGAUUUAGAAGUAGACGCAUAAACAUAUGUAUCUGUGACAUGCAGACAAGUCAUUUUUUAUUUUUAAAGCGUGUAAUGUUGAAGACUCCCCCCGACUAAUGACUGUCUGCUACUUGGCCCAAGAAAGAAAAUACAUGUUUAGCCUCAGCUGGAAGCUCUCUGGUGCCCUCUGCUGAAUGUACUGCACUCAUUGGUGCCCCAUCUAAGGCCACUUUCAACACAUUACACACACUCAUUAUGUUAUUUUUGGCUGUAUCAAAUCUGUUCUCUCACCCCCCCCCCCCCCCCCCCCCCCCCCCCCCCCCCCCACCCCCCACCCCCAACACAGCCCAGGCGACAGCAGGACCCCAGCCCUGGCACCAACAUGGGUAACAACGCUGAUGAUCACAAGAUGCGCUAG